UAACUGAUUAUCAGUUGAUGCGUUGCAAGUUAAAAUUUGUGAACAUUAUAGUAGUAGUAGUUCUCAGCAUACUUGAAUUAAAACAGUGAAGAAGGAAGGUUCGGUUUUCACAUUCAUUUUUCAAUCUUCACCACAUCCUCUUCAGGUUCAAAUUUUAGCUUAUAUCUUAAUUGAAACCCGUUGUUGAUUCGCUUUCAGUUGAAACGAUGACUCGCGUGUAUAUUGGAAAUCUUGAAACAGGAAUUUCCAGGAGGGAACUUGAAAAAGAUUUCCUUGUUUUUGGAGCUAUACGAAACGUGUGGAUUUCAAGGAAGCCUCCUGGUUACGCUUUCAUUGACUUUUAUAACAGCGGAAAUGCGGAAGAUGCUAUUCGUGAAUUAGAUGGAAGACAUGGUUGGAAGGUAGAGCUUUCUUUCACCUCUGGAGGUAGAGGUGGAGGUGGAGUUGGAAGGGAAGGUGGAGGUGGAGUUGGAAGGGGGGGUGGAGGUGGAGGGGAAGGCAGAGGUGGUGGUGGUGGUUGGUUUGGUGGGGAAGGAUCUAAGUUGAACUGUUUUCUGUGUGGUGAACCUGGUCAUUUUGCCCAGGAGUGUCCUGGUGGUGAUUCUGGAAGACGUCGGAGCCGCAGUCCACCUCGACGUAUUAACAGUCCUCGUCAGCGGAGCUUGUCACCUCGUCGGCGCAGCUAUAGCAAGUCACCUCCUGACCAUGAGCGUGACUCACAUGAGGGUGUAAAACAUGCUAACGGAAAUGGGUUAAAGGAUGCACGUCGAAGCAGAAGUUGAUUUUUAAGAGUUUGUAAUGCGAUGGUUCAGAAGAUAAAGAUAACGGAAAUUUGUUAAUCUAGUAUUUUCAACUGCAGUAUGCAUACGUUUAGUUGGGCAAUGCCCUGAGCUUCUACCCUAAUCGGUUUAGUCACUUUCUUGCUUAUAAUGGCUUAUGUUCUUUUAUCUACGCCGAAUUCUUCUAGUUUUGUUGCAGAUAAAACAGUCUUUUCAAGGCAGUCGCUAUUAGUUUGUUAAAAAGUGUUCUGUAUCUUGUUUAAAUAUAUGCUUUUUUCUGUGUUGAGGUGCCUUGUGGUACUGACACCAUGGAGUAGAGGUAUAAUUUUGAAAAUCAAACUAAAUGAUUGAUUCUAUGAUUCAAAAAAUUUAACAAAAACUAA